AUGGCGUAUGCAUCUGGUCGUGGAUCUAGUCUACAAUGCGUAGUGAUUGGCGAUUUGAACGACGAUACUAACCUGGAUAUCGUCUUAGCUAAUUAUGGCACUAAUAAUAUUGGCGUCCUUUUUGGAUAUGGAAGUGGUAGUUUUGAAAACCAAAUGAUGCUCAGCACUGGUGCGAAUUCUCAUCCGAUUUCCAUCGCGGUUGGGGACUUCAAUGGUGACUGCGUACUGGAUAUUGCUUUAGCCAAUAAUGGUACCAAGCAUGCAGAUAUGAUACUUGGAAAUGGGAAGGGAAAAUUUGCAAUUCAAACAAGUUAUGAAAUUAGUUUUGAUUCACCUCCGUUAGUUAUGGCUUCUGGUGAUUUUAAUAAUGACAAACGAUCGGAUAUCGUAAUCGCUAACGGUGGAAGUAAUCAUGUGGAUAUCUUUGUUGCGUACAAUCGUGGUUCUUUUGAAAAUCAAAUAAGAUAUUCAGCUGGCUCUUCUCCACAAUCUGUAGUUGUUGGUGAUUUCAACAACGACACUCGACUAGAUAUCGUUGUCGCCAAUUAUGAUAGCAAUAAUGUGAGUGUCCUUCUUGGAAAUGGAAAUGGUUCUUUUGCAGAACAAACAAGGUAUUCAGUUGGCUCUUCUCCAUGGUCUGUAGUUGUUGGUGAUUUCAACAACGACACUCGACUAGAUAUCGUUGUCACCAAUUUGGGUAGCGAUGAUGUGAGUGUCCUUCUUGGAAAUGGAAAUGGUUCUUUUGAAAAUCAAACAAGAUAUUUAGCUGGCUCUUCUCCACAAUCUGUAGUUGUUGGUGAUUUCAACAACGACACUCGACUAGAUAUCGUUGUCACCAGUGGGCUUAGCAAUGAUGUGAGUGUCCUUCUUGGAAAUGGAAAUGGUUCUUUUGCAGAACAAACAAGAUAUUCAGUUGGCUCUUCUCCACAAUCUGUAGUUGUUGGUGAUUUCAACAACGACACUCGACUAGAUAUCGUUGUCGCCAAUUAUGUUAGCAAUGAUGUGAGUGUCCUUCUUGGAAAUGGAAAUGGUUCUUUUGAAAAUCAAACAAGAUAUUCAGCUGGCUCUUCUCCAUUAUCUGUAGUUGUUGGUGAUUUCAACAACGACACUCGACUAGAUAUCGUUGUCGCCAAUUCGGGUAGCUAUGAUGUGAGUGUCCUUCUUGGAAAUGGAAAUGGUUCUUUUGCAGAACAAACAAGAUUUGUCAUUCGAUCAACACGACAAUCUCUAUGUCGUCGAUUAGAAAAAUCAUCGAGUGCAAAAAUUCAACAUCGAAUUCAAUAA